CAUCGUGGUUUAAAAUAAAUAUUGACGAAAAAAACAUGGCGGACAUACAUGGCGUCUUUCUAGUUGUCAGCAACAUUCCUGCUGCUUUUCACUCGGCGGACCUCCGGAAUUAUUUCAGUCAGUUCAUUGAGAGUGGUGGCUUCAUCUGUUUUCAUUACCGCCACCGGCCAGAGGUGCACCGGGAAUCUCAAACGUGUGGAGACAGCGAGGAAGACGGUGAUAAGUCGUCUGGUAGUAGCGACCUAGCAUCAGCAGCGGCUAAAGACAACUGCAGCAAAACGACUAAGCAGGCCGCCAAAACUUGCUGUUGUGUCGUCUCCGUUCACAACAAACACGCCGACAGAUUGGUGAGAAUGUACGCAGGAAACCAUUGGAUCGACUCCAACGGCAACUGGCUGUCCAGAAGAUGUGUCAUUAAAAGGGUGAAGGUUUCACAACACAAUGAUGAGAAUCAGUUCCCAUACAAGACGAGGUUUGAGCAGCGACACCGGAUGUCCCAAACCGAACACUUCACCUUGUCCGACCUCAAAACUUUAUCAGAACUUAAUCCACCUGCUCUGAUGCAGAAUGGGAAUGUGGGCACAUCAGUCAAAGUUUUCCUACAGCUCAUCCAGUCGUGUCGGCUGCCUCCUCGCCUCAUCCGCAAACUGGGCCUUAAGUUCCCUAAGACUGGCUCCAACCGUCGCUACGGCAACGUGCCUUUUCAGUACCAGGACACUUGCACGCUGCCGGUCACAGAAGAGACUGUUUUAACAGCCGCUGGCCAUGAAAUAUCGGGGCCAGGCACUUUAGCAGCUCGAACAUCAGCACAGAAAAAUCUGGAUGACUGGUGCAAGACAACUGAGAACGAUGAGCCACAAAUAGAUGAAGAGGAGGGCAUGCAGUCAAAUGAAGAUGAUGAUGAUGACUGCUGUGAGGAGUGGGAGCGUCAUGAAGCGUUGCAUGAUGAUGUGACUAGCCAAGAGCGAAGCAAAGAAAGGCUAUUUGAAGAAGAAAUUGAGUUGAAGUGGGAAAAGGGCGGUUCGGGUUUGGUGUUCUAUACUGAUGCCCAGUACUGGCAGGAAGAAGAAGGAGAUUUUGAUGAGCAAACAGCAGAUGAUUGGGAUGUUGACAUGAGCGUCUACUAUGAUAAAGACGGUGGUGACAUGGACGCCCGGGACUAUGUCCGGAUGCGACUGGAGAAAAGGCUUAGGGAUGGUCUUGAAGAUGGAUCUGCACACAAUCAUGCCAUUGGGCGUUUUGAGAGGUUCACUAAGGGCUUUGGCCGCCGCGUAAUGGAGAAGCAAGGCUGGAAGGACGGUGAGGGACUGGGAAGCAGUCAAGCUGGGAUUCCUGAUGCCCUAGAGAAUGAAGGCAAACAUCCACACUGCAAACGCGGGUUUGGCUAUCACGGUGAAAAGCUACCCCUAAAUCCUGGCAAAAAGGCCAGAAGAAACUUCCAUGUAAGUACAAUCUAUGAUGAACCCAAGGACGUUGAUAUGGGGGACUCUUUGCUCAGACGGCAACCAAACAUCAGCAUGAAAUACAGAGGCUGGCAUUCUGGAGGCAGCGUUGGGCCGCGCAGAUGACAAAUGCUGUGUAUUUUUGUUUGAUGUGAGAAUGAAUGGUUGUCUAUGUAUGCCAGUUCAGGGUGUACAGCGCCUCCCCCCAAAGACAGCUGGAUAGGCUGCAGCACGCCCGCUUUGUGAGAAUACGCCGUUCAGAAAAUGGAUGGAUGGAUGGAUGUGUGAAUUUUGGCAGCAUUUAUUACAUGUUAGUCUUAUUUUCCAAGACUUACAUAAUUAAAAUUGAGUACCCUCACUGUU